GAACCUCCCGAGAACAUGUCUGAAGUAGCGCCUGCACCCGCUGUUGCCGCCUCCCCGGCGAAAGCCACCAAGAAGAAGCCCGCUGCCCGGCCGAAGAGGGUCGGCCCCAGUGUGAGCGACCUGAUCGUGAAAGCCGUGGCUGCGUCCAAAGAGCGAAGCGGAGUCUCUCUUCCGGCCCUGAAGAAGACCCUUGCUGCUGACGGCUACGACGUGGAGAAGAACAACUCCCGCGUCAAGGCCGCAGUCAGAAGCUUGGUGACCAAGGGAACACUGCUCCAGGCCAAGGGCACCGGAGCGUCCGGAUCCUUCAAGAUCAACAAGGAGGCAAACAAACCCGCCGCUGCCAAGAAGGCCGCCGCCCCUAAAGCCAAGAAGCCCGCAGCCAAGAAACCCGCCGCGGCUAAGAAGGCCGUCACCCCGAAGAAAGUCAAGAAGACUCCAACCAAGAAGGUAUCAGUUAAGAAAGCGACCCCGAAGAAGGCGAAGAAGCCCACCGCAGCCAAGAAGGUUGUGGCCAAGGUUACAAAGAAAACCGUCAAAAGCCCCAAAAAAGCUCCAAAGCCCGUUGCCAAGAAGUCUCCGGCAAAGAAGGCAGCAAAGCCCAAAGCAGCCAAGAAGGCCGCCCCCAAGAAGAAGUAAACUGUCCAGUUGAAUUCCCCCAAAGGCUCUUUUCAGAGCCACCCACACAACUUUAAGAGCAUAUAUUCCGAAUGCACUUCUCUCUGUAAUAAUAAUAUAUUUCAUUUGUAGAGCACUUAACAAUCAGAAACUCAAAGUGCUAGAGUUUAAGAGAAUAAUAAUAAAAGGGGUUGUUAAAAAAUGCAUACAGAGGGGAAAUUAGCAAAAGAUAGUUUUUUUUAUUUAUUUUUAACAGCUGUAGUCUGUGGGGCCUUCAGUUGGUCAGGAUGGGCGUUCCAGUCUUCGGGAAGCAGUGGAGAAAGCCCGAUCGCCCAUGGUGCGGACCUUGGUCUUGGGUGGUCUGAGGGUGUGUGCUGAUGCAGAGCGAAGGCUGCGUGAGGUGGUCUUCUAUAAAGUAUGUGUGUAGGACUUCUAUAAAGCCACCCAUAUUGUAUCCCAUAAAUCGCUGACUGCUGUGCUAUUGCAAAUAGGCAACAAUCUAUAAUCCAUUUGUUUUUCUUAAGCAAUAUAAGGGAUAAGGUGGACUAAAGCCUCAAAGCGCAUCACCUACCAAACCAAAAUGAGCCGCCCUUCGUCACGUAGCCUGUUAUAAAAUAUUCCAUGCCGUCCUUGUUCCGUAAUGCGCACCGAACGCGUGGAAUAUAAACAGAUGUAGAGUUUACAGCAGGCUACUAACAGAUCUGUUGGGUGUGCUAAAGUCUCGCUUGUGAUUAGAUUCAAUAUUUCAAUCUGAGUUUCUUGAUUCAAUUAGGAUGUAUAAAUGAAACAGGCUGGUCGAUAGUGAUAUUCUGGUUUGAUGAUUAAUCCUAGGAAAUAAUAAAUAUAUGAAAGCAGCUGAACCGAAAGAACAUGAGGUGGGCGCGCAUCAAUGUGAGGGCGGGACUCGAUUCCUGGCCACUCACAGCGUCUUUACAAGGACCAAUCAGCGUGUUGGGAUUCUCCGGGGCUGCCUAUAUAAAUCUGUUCGACCAGUCUGUAGCUAUCACGAUUUUGA